CCUCAAUCUUCGUAAAAUAAAGUCAUAAUUCUGUGCCAGGGAUUCUGUGCUGAAUUGCAGAAAUGUGCUUGUUUUUUUAAUUAAUAUAACUUUUGUCGAUGGGCUGUAAGGUUUGAAUUAUGUUUUCUAGUCGUGUGUUCAAAAUGUUAGCUCCAACAGAAUAAUAAUAUUUCAGGUAAAAACCUGAAAUUUACUUUUAAAGUAAAAUUUAAAGUGAAAUUAAAAUUUGGAUGUCCACGACGAACAGUAUUACAGUUUCAUCUACGAAAAGGUUAAUUGAUUUUGGAAGUGUUUUCGUAUCGUGAUUUCCUAUGACCCUUCAUUGUCGAAAAUGCCAAGGAAGAAAUAUUCAAAGAAAGAAACUGCAAGCAUUUCAAGUCAUCCAACGCACGUAGUUGCUCUAUAUGACUAUGUUCCUGGACAAAGUGACAUCAACGUGGGUGACACGUGGGCAAUACAGGCGCCACAUCUUGAUACACAUUUGAGUUUCUUGAAGGGAGAGACAUUCAAAGUUAUUGGUGAUGUUGACUGGUGGCUUUAUGUGAACUCCAAUGAUGGCAAGACAGGUUACAUUCCAAGUAUAUUGACAGCACCUUUGAAUACAGAUUGUUUGAAUACCGAACAGUAAGUGGGCCAUGUUACCAUAGACUGUAGGCAGUGGUGUAGCCCACUUUCCUCCCCAGAGCCUUCUCCGGGGGUAAUUGCUAGAUAGUAUACUUCAAAAUAAGGUUUCCGUUUUUAUAACGUAGAAAAAACCAUCCUAACGCAAAACUAAACCCUAACCCUAAUACUAACCUUAUCCCUAACCCCUAACCUAACCCUAACCCUAACUUAUUUAAAAAAUUGAUAUAAAAAUGGAAACCUUAUUUUGAAGUAUACUAUCUAGCAAUUUCCCUUCUUCUGGUAAGAUUAGGCUGGCAUACAUAUAGGGUGGUGCAUGGGGAGUUUCAUCCUCCUCCAUUCCCCUUUCAUCCCUAUUUAUCCCCUCUUCACAAAUAUUUUACCCUCCUUACCCUGCUUAGACUGCGAGCGGGCCAUCCUUUCCUGCGGGUUUUUCCCCAGGCAUAUGAGGGGAAAGGAGGGACUGCCGACAACUCAUCAAGAAAUGAAAUAUGCCCACUUUUCGCUCUUGUCAAGUUGGGUCCGCCUUUGCAUAAACAUUACAUAUAUCCAAUUAAAUAUAUCCAAUAGGAACCGAUAAUUUAAGCCUGUCAUGUUUAUUUAUAAAAGCAACAUCAGUCUGGAAAUUAUUUAUAGCAUUUUGCAUAUCAGAUUUGAUUGACAGGCACAUCGAUUUCGACCAAUGGGAAUUUUGCAUUGUGUGGGCAACACAUAUUUUGUUGUCUUGAUGUGUUGUCAGCAGUCCUUUCUCCUGAGGGACUGCUUGUGGUCUAUACCCUGCAUUAUACCUUGACAGAAAUGCACAGAAUUGAUGUAAGGGAUGCUAGAAGCCUCUGUGGCGUAGUGUGUGAAAUAAUCAGCCGAUUCAUUCGCAUCUGCCGAUUAUCAUUAUGUUGCUGGUCAGCAGUCCCAUAUACAGUAGAUGAUCGUGCAUUAGGUUAAAUUAGCUUACAGGGAAAUUAAAAGGAAAAGGAAAACUUUUCAAGUUAACAAAGGAACAAUGACUACCCUUGGGAGACCCUCAAUAAUCAGCUGAUUACCAGUUAAAAGAAUGGCUGAUUAAUUGGCUUUGCCAAUUAUUUUCUGAUUAAUUAAUUGGCUUAGCUCUAGCCAUCCUUUUUGUUUCCCACAAGUAUUGUACCUAUGGUACUGUAUUACAGAGGAAUAGGAAGUAUGUAGUCAGAUUUCUCUGAUACAGACAUUGAAGUAACAGCCGGGUGUUGAGUUAUUCAAUGUCAAUUCAUCAGAGGGUUGUAUGUAGCCCACCCCUUGCGAUCUGGCUCAUUUUUUCACUACUAGUAAACAUUAGUUAGAAAUUACUUUAUCCAAAAUUUGAAGUUAACCUGGCCAUUGAGUCGCAAUAUUGCGCCCUGAUGCACCCUUUAUUAUUUUACUCUGUCUAACGCCAUAUUAUUUUACUCUGUCUAACGCCAUAUUAGGGCCAUUUAUACGGAACAAAAUAAGACGCGACUUACAUAAGACGCGACUUAAGUAAGACGCGAGUUUGUCGUAUAAAAGGUACAAAAUUCUUAUGUAGGAUGCGUCUUGGAUAAGACGCGUCUUACAUAAGAACAGGUCUUUUAGCUGUUCUUAUUUAAGUUGCGUCUUAAAUAAGAAAUUUUGGACAAAAAGUCUAACUAUAUACACAUGCCAGAAACUUGAAACAACGUAAAAUUUAAUGCCUUGCAUAUUAAAACAAGAACAACCAAAACAACAUUAUAGCUAUAGCAAAUAAAUAAGACCAAAGCCGUAGAGAACCAUUUAUGCGAUAACUCCACUUAUUUAAGUCGCGUCUUAUGUAAAUCGCGACUUAUUUUGUCACAUAUAAAUGGCCCUAUUAUUUUACUCUGUCUAACGCCAGACAAUUUUACUCGUCAAGGGGAGAGCGCUGGCACUUAGUCUCAUUUAGUGGCAGCACUCUCCCAGCCUGACAAAUAAAAUUGUCUGGCAUUAGACAAAGUAAUAUAAUAAAGUGGGGUGCAUCUGGGCACAUUGCUACUUAAAGGGUUAAUGGGUUAACUGGCCUAUCUACGCACGUGUCUAACCUAUUGAGUCGCAUUGUGCCUUACUUUAUUAUUUUACUCUGUCUAACGCCAGAUUAUUUUACUCUGUCUAACGCCAGACGAUUUUACUCGUCAAGAGGAGAGUGCUGGCGCUUAAUCAACUCUUAAUGGGUUAAUAUCUCAAAUGGUUGUUGAUUUUUCCACUUGUAAGGGAAGAGAAGGAUAAAUGGGUUCAGCAGUGAAUCAAAGAGAUGUCAUUUGCCCAUUUAUAAACUAACAUAGAGUAGAAAACAUUUUAUUGAGAGAGCUGAAACAGUGAAAGACUCGCAAAACUAUUAGCAUGACUUGUACAACUAGCUUGCAUGACACACAGACUUGCAUUAAUAAUAAUCUAUCUCAAAUAUUUUUGCUGCGUACAAAAACAAUUUGCCGACAAAUCUGUUAUUUUGCCAACAAGAUGUUUUCAGGGCGUGUUACACCACCGACGGCCCUGGUAGCAUUCAGCCAUAUUAGUAAUUAAUUAGUUAGAAUUUCAUGUAAGUAUAACUUAUAACUUUUUGUAAAUGUUAAUUGCAGCUCCGAAAAGCCAUGUUGGCGAGAAUUCCAUAAAUUGCUGUGCUGUGCUGCACUGUAUUGUACUGUACUGUACUUCUAUUGUACUUCUAUUUUUUUUUUCAUAAACAAAAAAGAGGGGUACAAUUAUGAGUCCAUGUACCAUUAUUAUUAAUAUUAGUUUACAACUACUGUCUGCAGGGCAAUACAAAUAAUGUCAGACGUUUUCCUCCUGAUCUCAGAGUUAUAUAAUCACCUCAUGAUUUCUCGCUAUCUCAACACGUCAAAUCUACUACUAGACUAGCCUGCGUCACAGACUUCAAAAUUCUGGAUUUAUUGUUAUCUACUGUACAUAUCCAAACUCUGUCCUAAACACUACCACUGUCUCGGGCAUUAGCGACCAUCUUGCUGUUGUAUUCGAAGUAAAUUUGAAACCAUCACGAUUCACGAGUAUAGUAGAGCUAGUAUUCCAAAAGUCGUAGGUUCGAUUCCCACCGUGGCCGGGCAUAUUUUUCAAGCUCGCCCGGUGUGGAUAUACACUCAGAGUAACAUCACAAACAUUGUCACCAACACAGAAAAAAUCAUAUUACUAGACUAGAUUCUGUUCCGAAAUAUCACUUACUCGCACCGACCUGACCGCGUAGCUCAGUUGGCAGAGCAUUGGGCUGGUAUUCCAAACGUCGUAGGUUCGAUUCCCACCGUGGCUGGGCAUAUUUUUCAAGCUUGUCUGGUGUGGAUAUACACUCAGAGUAACAUCACAAACAUCAUAUUCACCUGAGUACACAACACCAACACAGAAAAAAUCAUAUUACUAGAUUACAUUGGUAUCGAAGGAACUAGAUUCUGUUCCGAAAUAUCACUUACUCGAACCGACCUGACCGCGUAGCUCAGUUGGCAGAGCAUUGGGCUAGUAUUCCAAAGGUCGUAGGUUCGAUUCCCACCGUGGCCAGGCAUAUUUCUCAAGCUUGCCCGGUGUGGAUAUACACUCAGAGUAACAUCACAAACAUCAUCACGAGUAGUUAAACCUCCUCGUAAAAUCUAUAACAACAAAAAGGCAGACUUUAAUGGUUUCUAUGAUUACAGGCUGAAUUUGUCGUCAUUGUUCUUCUCGUCUAACCCCGAAAAUAGGUCGGUUGAGGAAAACUGGAUCACCUGGGGGAAAUCUAUCAACUUGAGGAAUCAAACUGAUGUGAUUAUCUUAGAUUUUAAGAAAGCAUUUGACUCCGUACCGCACGAGCGACUCUUGACUAAGCUCAACUACUAUGGAAUCAGAGGGAAUACACGAACGUGGAUAAAAGCAUUCAUUACAAAUCGUUCCCAGAUCGUCUCAAUUAACGGAACCUCCUCCCCCUCCAAAUCUGUUAUCUCCGGAGUACCUCAGGGAUCCAUUCUAGGUCCAGUGUUAUUUCUGCUAUACAUAAAAUGAUAUUUCCAACAAUAUUCAAUCAAGUCUACGUCUCUUCGCUGAUGACUGUGUUCUAUAUAGACUAAGAGUAAUUGACAACCACCAGGAUUAUCAAAUUCUACAAAAUGAUCUAGACUGUCUCUCAUCUUGGGCCGAUUGCUGGCAGCUUAAAUUCAAUGUGUCCAAAUGUUACCAUCUAGGAAUAACCUCUAAGAGAAUCUCUCACAUGUACAAAUACUGCUUGAAUGGUCAAAUUAUCUGUAGAGAAAGUUCUACAAAAUAUUUAGGGGUCACCAUUACUAGUACCUUGCGCUGGAAUGAACACUGUGACAAUAUUUGUAAAAAAGCCAAUUCCACUCUUGGCCUACUUAAACGCAUCUUAGGAAGCUGCUCUCCUACAGUUAAAGCUAGAGCCAAUCUCAGUCUAUAGUCCGCUCUAAGCUUGAAUACGCUAGUUGCGUUUGGAACCCUCAUACUAAAUGGAAUUCUGAGAAGAUUGAAAUUAUUCAACAUCGCGCCGCACGAUUUGCUAAUUUAGCAACGACUUUUCCAGAUACAGCUAUGUUUCCCCAAUGAUCAACAGUUUAGGAUGGGACACACUUGAACGGCGUAGACUGCUUAAUAACCAGUCGUGUAUGUUCUACAAGAUCCACCAAGGCUGCGUUGAUUUAAACUUCCCCCCUGAAGUGUACCCUCUAAAAAGAAAAUCUCAACUUCCAAAUCGUCAUCCCUUUCAGCAAGUUUCUUGUAACAAUGAUAUUUUCAAAUUUUCAUUUUUCCCACGAACUAUUAUAACCUGGAACAAUCUUCCUGUCAUCGAACUGCCUGCGAGUAUCGACGCUCUUGAAAGUGCUGCAUUAACUGCAUUAAGAGCAUCGAUAUAAUUUUGGCAGGACAUUUUUAUUGUACAGUAUUACCUUUUAAAGUUUUUCAUAUAUAUGUAUAGUUCAUGGUUAUUUUGUUAAUGUAUAUACAUAUACAUAUAAGUAUCUCCUAGUAUAGUGUAAGCUGAUUUAGGAGUAUCAGAUUAAAGCGGAGGAGAGGUAAUCUUAACUGAGUAAUACAAUUCAAGCUCAAUCUCCAAUAAAUACUAUAUACACCAAGCAUGUGGCAUUCAGCCGACACUGCUCCGACUGUUCAAUGAAAAGUUGUAUGAACUGUCCAGGAUACCUGUGGUAUUUGUACUCAUAACAUCCUGUACUAGCCUGUUAACUAUAUUGAGUGUGAAAACGCAGUUGGAAAUCUGUCCUCCUCCAGGGGAUCAAAGUUGAGGGGGUUCCAGACCCACCAUCUCACUAAUGCUCAGACCACUCCAUUUCUCCAUAUAUAAGACCCUCCCUGACAAGCGAAUCAUUGGGGUUUUAAGUUAGUCUUGACAAAUAAUUGCAGUCAGCUGGUAUUUCAUACGUUAUUUAAGCAGGAAUUUUGUUUCUGUAUUUCUAAAGAUGUAAAGUGUUGUCUCACCAUGGAGAUGUACCAUCAUGUGCCAUUGAUACUCAAGUUGAUCUCACAUAUUUUCCUGACACACCACUUGACAGAGACACA